AAGUGGCCGCUAAUUAACUGCAUUAAUUAAAAAAUCAAAGUGCAUAGCCUAUGCACUGGCUGACUGGCACAAUUCUUUGCACGUGCCUUACAUACUCGAUCAUUGUCGAGAGUACCCAGUGCCCAACACUGAGUUAGGUUAUCCCACUGGCUCGGGCGAUUCGCAAACAAGAUAGAUGUCAUAUUCAAGGGAAGGAAGGUCUGCUUCGCCACGUGCCUCUGUUUCACCUGUUCGGGGUCGGAGGUCGAGGUCAUUAUCUAGGUCCAGGCGAAGUCGCUCAAGGUCUAGGAGCCGUGAUUUUGUUGAGGCAACAAAUCCAGGAAAUAACUUGUAUGUGACAGGCUUAUCCACAAGGGUGACAAGUUCUGAUCUUGAGAAGUUUUUUAACAGUGAAGGGAAGGUUACUGAAUGCCAUUUGGUCACAGAUCCUCGUACCAGAGAAUCUCGUGGUUUUGCUUUUGUUACGAUGGAAACUGUUGAGGAUGCAGACCGUUGUAUCAAGUAUUUGAACCGUACAGUGCUUGAAGGUCGAUUAGUCACUGUGGAAAAGGCAAAAAGGUCUCGUGGCAGAACACCUACUCCUGGCAGGUAUCAUGGCUUGAGAGAGAGACGAGGACCUGGUCGCAGACGUUCUCGUAGCUACUCACCUCAUAGAUAUGACAGAGAUCCUUAUCCAAGGGAACGACGGGGAAGAUCACGCUCCCCAUACGGUAGAGGUAGAUCGCCUUCCCCACAUGGUAGAGGUAGAUCGCGUUCCCCAUAUGAGAGGAGGAGAGACUAUUAUUCUGACACAUAUAAGAGACGCAGAGAACGCUCAUUGUCUGCUAGUGGCAGUGGCUACCCUAGAUAGAACAGAUCAAUUCUAUUGCAAGGCUGGCCCUCCUUAAUUACUGUGGAUUUAUGUGAAACAUCGGAUCAUUAUCUUGUACUCUUUAAUUUAAUGCAUUGCUCACACCUUACUGCCAUAUAGCAGCAGUUUGAAUUGUUGACUGCCCCAUUGAUGUUAAGAAUUUGAAAAACUACCUAAAUUUCCAGCAUAAUUUAUUGAGCC